AACACACCCAGGUCUCCUCCUCAAAACAAGGCUUGGCUUCCCGGAGCCAGCCCUCGGCAGGGCUCAGGUGUGCCCACGGCCAGCCCUCGGCAGGUAAAGGGCUCAGGUGUGCCCACGGCCAGCCCUCGGCAGGUAAAGGGCUCAGGUGUGCCCACGGCCAGCCCUCGGCAGGUAAAGGGCUCAGGUGUGCCCACGGCCGCCCGCGCUGCCAGGGAGGAUCCGACAUUCCCGCUGCCAGCCGCGGGGAGCGAAGCCGCCGGGAGAGAGCUCCGCACCCGCCUUUUGGGGGAAAGCACACCUGAGGAGCCUCCGCAGGGGCUUGUUGGCUUCAGGCAGUCUGUGCAGGGGAAGGUGCUGCUGUGACCAUGAUGUCCCUGGGUGUCAGCAAAGGAGGGAUCAUCCCCCCCACGGACGAGGACCGGCGCAGGAUCAUUAAGCAGAUGAAGGUUCGCACCACCCUGAGAGGAGACAAGAGCUGGAUCCACCACCACAACUCGGACUCUGAGGAUGAGAAGAAGAGCAGCCCCCUGUCUGGCCAGGCCAGUGGGGGAUCCCCAGCCCCAAAACCUGCUGCUCCCCAGAACGACAGGACACCUUCCUCCAAGCCCCAGUCCGGUUACCUCAUCAGGGGGGUGUUCACCAGGACCAUCGACAAGACCUCGGCCGUGCCAGAUUCCUCCUCUCCUAACCAAGCACAGAAAAAGAAUUCCAUGAAGGGACAGAGCCCGGGCCGGUCCCCCUCUGGAUACAGGAUGACCACUGAGGACUACAAGAAACUAGCUCCUUACAACGUCAGGCAGAAAUCUGUGGAUGGGGAUGAGGAGGACGUGCCUUUUUCUCCGGAUGAACACAAGAAGAGGACUGAGGCUGCCAACAGUGUCCUGCGGCGCUCGGCCGGCCGGGAACGCGCCUACGUCCUGUCGGCGGCCAAGAAGAGCAACGGCAGCCCAACACAGGAAUUCCCACCCUUGUUUGCCAAGAGGAUUGAGAUAGAAGAGGAGGAAGGGCAGCAGAGGAGGAGUCCAACUGUGCCGGAUGACAGCAGUGCUAACAGGCCAAGGAAAACCACCCCUGGAUCUUCCUGGGAUGAGCCAAAGGCAGCAGCAGCCUCUCCCUCCAGCCCCACGACAGGCAGCAGGAGCCAAACAUCCCCAUCCCUGAGGGAAACUGCAGGGAGAAGCUCCACUUCUGCUGGAAUCAGGAAUGGUGAGGACAGCCAGGCCCUGAACGGGAAAUCCUCCUGGGAGGCUGUGACACAGCGUGGGGACAGUGACAAAGCUCUGAAGGAAAAGCCUGAGCCCUUCCCAUGGGAUGAGGCCCCCAGAGCCACCGUGGCUUCCAUGAAUGGAAGCUUCCCUGAGCACACAGAAGCCAACAAUGGGUUUUACCCACCCAAGUCCAGCUCUGGUUCCAGGGACAGACCUGGGGAUGCUGCGGACGAGCUGCUCCAUCACUACGAGCCCCCUCCUGCCCUGGAUGUUGGAAGGUCCAGCUUGCAGCCUAAUGUCCCUUUUCCUCCCACUGAGAGAGCCCCUGUGCACAGAGAGGACACGGAAUAUUCCUUUAAAAGGUCUGUCCUGGGGUACGAGGAGAGGAGCAGCUCCACCAGUCCUGAGGGCCCAGCACAGCUCCAGCCCCACUGGAACGAGUUUUCAGGCUCAACCAGCCUCACUGAGAGGGGCCAAGGACCUGCUGGCCAUGGUGCCCACCCAGAGCUGCCCAGGGCACAGGAACCCACAGCCCAUGAGCCUGGCAUGGUCGGGUCCCAGGACAGCACUGGUGGGAGCAGGGACACGGACAAGGGGAUGUCAUUCCAUGUGAGGAGAGAAGAAUUCACGGAAAGAAGGUCCAGCUCUGGACCUGGAGGAAGCAGCACCCCUGCUCCAGAGACCCCACGUGCCGACGAGUCCGAGCCACGCCGGGACAGGGUCACUCCAGCCCAUGAGGAUCAAACCAUCCCCACCACAGAUGGUCCCCAGGACUGGAGGCACAGUGAGCCUGGCCCAGGGGCAGCCAGCAGGUCUGACUUCAGCUCCAGAGAGAGUGUUCUCAGUGCCCAUGAGAGCCAGCACCCUGUGCCCCUGUACCAGGACCCCCAGCCCCUCUUUGGGACAGCUCCCAGCCACAGGAUCCCGGCCUAUGUGGACAGCCAAGUGUUCAGCACCAGGAGACCCACCCUGGAUCCCGAAGGGAGAGUUUCCGACGGUGCCAGGGGGCAUGGGGAGUUCACCCCCCCGGCUGGGCGCCAUGACUCCCUUCCCAGAGAUCCCAGCAUGUCCAUGGCCCAGAGAAGCCACAGGGUGCCCUUCUACAUGGACAGCCUGAACUACAACAGCACCAGGCUCCUCUCCAGUUCCAGUGAGAGGCUCUCCAGCCCCGGGUUCCAUCCUGACUCCAGCACUACCGGGAGAGGGAUCCUCUUUGUGAAGGAGUACGUGAACACCGGCGGCUUUCCAGCCUCCCCACGCUACGGAAGUGGCAGCCUUGUGGAUCUGACUGAUGUGGGCAGAGCCAGCUACAGCCACCACAGUUACCUGUCCAGUGCUCCCCUGCACAGGUCCAGUGACCCCGUGUGCAGCUACUGCAGCCGCGAGAUCCGAGACUGCCCCAAGAUCAUCAUAGAGCACCUGAACAUCCACUGCCACGAGUACUGCUUCAGGUGUGGAAUUUGCCACAAAGCAAUGGGAGAUCCUGAUAAAAUAUUCAUCCACCGGGACAUUGUGCACUGCGACAAAUGCUACGAGAAACUCUUCUAG